AUGCCAAAGACCAUCACCAGAUCGCGCAAUGGAUGCGCUGUCUGCAAAUCCAAACGGCUCAAAUGCGACGAAACGAAGCCCAGCUGCUCGCGCUGUGUAAGACUGGGCAUCGCCUGUCCAGGAUAUCUGAAGCCUCUCAAAUGGCCCACUCGGUCGCGGGCACGAAAGGGAAAUAGCGACGCGUCUGGGAGCCCUCCAUCGGCUGGGUCUUCGGAGCAAAGCUACACGUUCGAGCCAUCUCACCAGACUGACCAGUCUGUCUCAUUCUGUAGCUCGAGCUCUGUGGAUCAGGGUGCAAAUAUUGUUACACCUAAUAACUAUGCCGUGGGUCUCGAUAGCAGCUUUACGCCAUUGCCGUUCGACGAACAUCCCGACGUGAACCUACAACCCAAAACACCAAAGACAGCGUCUCUUGCGAAUCAGGGGUACGGGGACAAUGAGCUAUGGCUAGCUGAGAUUUUGGCUGCAAAUCCUCAAUUUAAUUCCCCUGUGGCCGUGGGCUUUCCCUCUCCCGUUCACUGCGCGAUGCCACUUGCACAACCCCUUCAAGACCAUACGUCUAUCCUCGUGGAAUACUAUUUCAAAGAAGUCUGUGGGAUGAUGUCCUGCUACGACAGCCAACUGAAUCCGUACCGUACCACCAUCUCUGAUUUUUGGUCGAGUUCGCCAUCUCUCUACUAUGUCACUCAGAGCAUGGCAGCUGCUUGUCUGUCCGAGGUUUCCCCCAAGUUUACAUCCAUUGGUCAUCGACUUCGAGAUCAGGCAGCAUCAUGCCUUUCGAAAGAGAUCGAAGCAUCACAGAUUGAAACAUCCUCUUUGAUGGCACUGGUUAUGCUUGGGAUGAGUCGCAGCUGGCACAGUCCUGGCGACGUAGGCCAGUCCGAGUUUGAAAUGCUGGCGAAAAUAGUUCUAUCUUCGAAGUCUGGUCAGAGUGGCAUUGCUUUGGCGGAUGAAGAGAAGAGGCAAUUCUUCUACAACUCCCUUGUCUACUGGCAGGUCCUGCUUGCGUUUGUCGUAGAUCGUGGAUCAACUAUCCAGGACAUAAAGCCAACACAGCCAAAGCCCAUCCAGCCAGACGGUCUCGAACUGCAUGCACCGCACAUUCCACAUCCUCAGACCGGCGUCGGUAUUGAGGUUGAGAUGCUUGUAGGGAAAGUCGGAAGUCUGGUUAGGAGAGAACGAAAGCGUAUCCAGUCGCGUCGAUUUGCAUCCAGAAACGAUAUUAACCAAGCUCAAACAGCCAUUCUCGAGGCAGAACAGCUCCAAGCCCAGCUAUGUGCACUCCAACUCCCACUUGAAAGCACGAUCGUCGACUCGGGUGACGAUAUGUCACCGGCGGAUCACCUAGUGCGGAUUGCAGAGGCAUAUAGAUGUACAGGCUUGUUGCAGCUCUAUCGGAACUUUCCAGAUCUGUUGAUACCAUAUACGUCGAUGUAUGAUCCGACGCAGCAGUUCACGACAUUCGGUUCGACUCAAAGCACGUCUCUUAACGAUAACAGGCCUAUGGAAAGUGCAUCACUGAUCUACUUGGCAUUGCAUAUCCUCGACCUGGUGGAAAGCGUUCCUGUAACAUCAACAAGUCGGUCAAUUCAGCCAUUCUUGUUAGUGAGUAUCUGCAGUGAGCUGAACCUUGAUCGUUCAGCUUGCUCGAUGGCCGGGUCGCAGAGACUCCCUCUGACCAGUCUUGCGUCCAGUCCAAGGCUAAGGGCGCCAGUGACUGAGAUUGACAUCCUCCGCGCAAGAAAGUCCAUUACCUCGCGCCUUUUAUCCUUUGAGAGCAUGCUGGCUGCGAAGCCUAUUCAGCAGAUGCUCCAGUUGGUCAAAGAGACCUGGGCUUGGAUGGAGAAUAGUGGGGACGUGUACUGGAUGGAUGUCAUGAUGGCCAAGGGCUAUGAAGUUCUCAUGGGCUGA